ACACGUACUUUAUACAUGAACUGUCUAUAGCGUGUAGUGUGAAAUGUUAUAUAGAUCUACCGGUAGUUUAUGAUUUUAAGAUAUAUGAUCAUUUGUUCUUUUAUUCAUCUGUUACAGGUAUGUGUAACCAUUUACCUGUUAAAUCAAUGGCAGUGUUAUAUUUAUUAAUGAGCACGUGAGCUGGAUCUAAAUUAAUCAUUAUACCGAAAGUGUGUAGGUAAAACAAGGUGUAUCUAAUUACUCAAAGAAAACCUACGUUCGUGUUCGGUUGAAAAGUUUAUAUUAAUGUUUCCACAACAUAACUUUAACUUAUGAAGAGUUGAAACAUGGCAGACACUCACAGUAAACUGUUCAUGGGAUGUUCUUAUAAUGGAAUAUCUCGGGAGAUGUUUGAGAAUAACUUUGAUGAUGAUAUAGAUAUUGAAGCAGAUUUUGUCGGAAGAGAAAAUGAUUUGAAUGUGUUAAAGACAGCAUGGCAGAAGCACAAAAUAUUUGGCAUUUUUGGACUGAGAUCGGUUGGAAAAUCCAGACUAGUGACAGAGUUUUUAAAGAGCACAAAGCCAGGUAGCUUUGUCCGUAUUUACAUAGAUAUGAAAUUAAUAUCUGAUACAAACUCAUUGUACUCGAGGGUAUGUGCUAGUUAUGGUAUUGAACCGGAGUUACAAGCAGCACAGUCCAGUAGGUGGAUUUAUCAUAUUUGUGACUGUAUUAAAGCAGCUGGUAAAAAACCAUUUGUUUUCUUCUUUGACAACACCGAAGAUUAUCAAGAGUUUAAAGGUGUAGAUAUUCGGGACUCCUUCUUCUCAUUGUGUACUAGUUUAGUCCGACAGUGCUCAAAUGUGAAGAUUUUCAUUACAUCUACAACACGUGUACAAUUCUCACAGCUUAAAAAGGUCUACUGCAGUCACGAGGUACUGCCUCUAAACCAAUGGGAGACGCGUCUGUUACUUAAAACUGUACUUGAGGGAGUCGAACUUGGUGAAUACGAGAACGCUAUUGUUGAUUUAUGUGAAGGGAUGCCUCUACUAAUUCUAAUGGUCGGUUCCGAGCUAACGGAAGAUAGCGGCAUGAUAACACCUAAAGACAUGGUCGAGUUCUUGCUCACUUGUAGGCUGAAAGCGCUGAGUCGGGAGUUUUACCCGGAGGAAGACAGAGUCGUAUACAAGAGACGACUGACCAUACUCGAAUAUAUUCCUGGAUCGUUUAACGCAGAACAAGCCAAAGAAAUACUAGAUUCUCAAUCGGUAGCGACAGUGAAGGAUCAAAUGUUGAUUCCUGUUCGCAGACGACAUGUUUUAAAGUACGAUCCCCGCACGAGACGAUUUAGCAUACAGGGUAUACUCCGAGAGUGUAUAAAAACAUUCUACACGAUUAAAAAUAUACCAGAAAUCCGGGCAAGAUACUGUCGGAUAUUCACAGCAGUAAUGAAAAACAUUUCCCAAAGACUUGGUACAGCAGAAUAUACAAAAGCCCUGGCGUCAUUUACCGAAGAACAACCAAACUUACAGAAACUGUUGAUUGAAGUGAAGUAUACGAAACAAGAUACUUACCACUUCUUUAUUGAGAUGGCUACCCAGUGUACGGAACUGAUAGAACGGUACAUGGCAGGAGACGGGGAGGAUUUUUACCAGGGAUGUCUUAGAGCAGCUGACAUGUAUGGUCAAGAAGGGGAUAAGGCCAGUGUCAACCUUGCAGUCGGGAGUAUGUACACCAAUACAAAGGGGAAUCUUUCACAAGGGGCAAAUAACUACGAGUCAGCAUUGAGAGUUUUGGAAACUAAAGGGAAAUCACUGCAACUGGCGACAGCAUAUCAGAGGAUGGGAUGGAAUAUGCUACAACAAGCAAGAAAUUUAGAUGCCAACAGGUUUUUCAAAAAGUCCCUUUCUAUAUCACUGGUGUCAGGACAGGAAUUCAAACUGAUAUCACUGCAGUCUAUGAGUAGUAUGGGAGUUAGCCUGACACAGCUAGGUAAAUUCGAUGAGUCAGAGCGGUAUCACUUUGCAUGUCUUGAUGAACGAAUUCGGGUACAAGGAGAAAAUCAUCCCGGGGUCGGAGCUUGUUACAAUAACAUCGGUGUAAUGUAUGAACAAAGAGGAGAUCUUGAAAAGGCAUUUGAGUAUUACAAGAAAGGUCUGGAUGUGAAGGUAAAGGCCAAAGCACCAGUUAUGUCUGUCGUGUUUUCCCUAAGUAAUGUGGCAAACGUGAGCAGCACAAUGCAAAACUACGAGGAUGCUCACAAACUGAUAGAUGACGCUUUGGAGAGAUUAAAAGCAGAAAAAGUCCCCCCAAGAGAGGCUCUUGCAUGUGCUUAUGAUACAAAAGGAAAGACAUACGAUCGUGAAGGAAAGUUAAAAGAGGCUGAAGAGAUGUUUCAGGUAGCAGUUGAUAUCAGGGAAACAAUUGCGGAAAAUAUGCCAUACGUUGAAAGUCUAGUACAUCUUGCAGAUGUCAACAAAAGAAAGGGAAAUUAUGAGAAGAGUCUAGAGUUAGCAAAAUGUGCUCUUAAAUUAACAUCAAAGGCAACGUUAGCCAUGCCACAAAACCCAUUUAUUGCUGAAUGUCUUGAAUGUGUAGCAGAUGUUUAUAACAGAAAAGGUUAUGUUGAAAAGUACAGAGUAACUCUUGAAAAAAUUGAAACUGAACUGUUGAGACUAGAACAAGUGUUUCUCUGUCAGUGCAACGAUAGGGCUUUAGAAAAAAUCAGAAAUCAAAUUCAAGAUAUCAAAGCUAAACUAGACAAUUUGCCAAAGGAAAGUUAGGAAAUCGACCGACAUGCAUUACUGGUACUUAAGUUAUACAGCAUUACCCUCGCUAAAUUUUGCUACAACAUGCACUACAUUACUGUCUCAAAGUUAUACUUGUAGAGCAAACUCUGUAGAGCAAACUUGAAUAUUCAUUGAAGUUCUCACAUCUGGUGUAUAUUUAACUGGUCCGCCCGCGAAGCUCAAUAGGAAAAGCACCAGAUUAGGAACACAGGGUCGCUGGUUCGAUCCUCGGGAGAAGCAAAUAUUUUUUUACAUUAAAGCUGCACACCUCCAGAUGAGCCAAAAUAUUUCAAGAAAUUCAAUCUGUUAUGUGCGGUAAAUGACUGAUUUUGCAGUAUCAAUCACUAUAAUUCUACUGCGUUACUUACGCAGUAAGAGGUAUUUAUGUAUAGUUUGACCUCAUUUUGGUAAUUUUCGUGAAUUGUAAGUGUCGUUUGCAAUGUGUAAAUUACUUUCUUUGUUCAUUUCACAAUAUUAUACUUUUAAAUACAUUUUCAAACUUUCCACGAAAAUUAGCAUGAAUUUGGAGGCAUGCUGCUUAAAAACUUAUAUUGUAAGCGUUUGAUAUAGAAAUUGAAAAUUUACCAUAUGUUGCUACAUGUACAUGUAUUUAUAGUUUGAUACAAGAGAUGGUGAAUAUAUGAAAGUUUUGCUACUGUACUUUAUUACUUUCAAAUUAAGGUUCUAGUACUACAGUACUGAGCCAAAAUCUAUCACAGGUACUGAUAUUCCAUAUUUUGGCAAGUACUGGUACUUAAGUACUACAGACCUAAUGCUGAUGGAUGUCUGGUGUAAGAUAAACCGGAUAAGAUGCAAUAUAAAUUUAUGGAAUAUUCAUAUUGUUAAAAGUAUUAUUUUUUUCUGAAGGUGCUCAAACCGUCCUUGAUUGUUUCAAGAAUGACUGACUAAGGGCAAUUUGGAUUUAUACAGUUUUAACUAACUUCAAAAUGUGAAUAGGGUUUAGCAAGAUGCAAUCUUUGAUUUACUUUACGUUUUGCAGACAUAAACUGUUGUAUUAUAUACCAAUCGUAUUCAUUGUCUCUAACACAUCAUAUUGAUUUUAUAUUUCAUUUCUUUUUGAAAAGGUCUUUUAUACUUACGUCAUUCGUGUUUUAUUGAGUUAUUGAGUUGUGCAAUAAAAUAUAUGAAAAAUA